AUGGACGACCUCGAGGGCUACCGGCAGGCGCAAGCUGCGGAAUGGCAGCAGGCUCGGCAUCCCUUUGAGCUUGAGCAGCUGCUUGUGCCUUUCCAACAAGGUCAGAGAGCCGGCCAAAAGCCGCUGGCGGCCGCAGCCGGCAGCUGCUGCUGCCUUGUCUUCCUCUUGCUCUCUGUAGGCACGCUCACUCCUUUGCAGUAUGGGCUGACCAUGAACCUCAUCACGCGACAGAUUGAUCCCGACAACAUCUACGAAGGAGGUCGCCACUUCAUUGGGCCUUGGAAGAGCUUCGUGUCCUUUCCCUCCACGCGAGUCACCGUGUCAUUUGCCAACCAGAAGGGCACUGGCAGCACACAAGGCCCGCUGGAGACGCGCACGAAGGAUGGACUGGCACUGACGUUGCAGCUGGCCUUUCAGUACAGGAUCGAUAAGAACUAUCUCGGCAAGCUCUUCGCGCUGGCGAACCUCAACUACGAGCCACUCUUCGUGCGGAACGCGAGAGAUGUGCUGCUUAAAGCUGCUGCGGACUACGACGCACCCCAGUAUUGGGAGGAGCGUGAGAAGAUCGGUCACGAGAUGCAGUCCUUGCUGAAUAAGCGCCUGAGAGGGGUGGCCUGGACGUGA